AACAGUUAACGACUCCUAUUAUUCUGCAGCUGCAAUAAUUAAUUCUCACUGUCGUUGAAGACAAGAACAGAAACGCCAUUUUGACAUGUUGCACUCAAAAUUUGCAGUGACGGCUUUAUUAUUUCUGUGUGCCAACAAGUUAAAUUUAGAAACUUAUAUAAUGAGAGGACAAUAUCAUUGGCUGUGUCCCAAAUCAUACACUACAGUACUGGUUAAGCACAUGUACUGCAUUGAUUCUCAAAGGGAAGGCUGGGUGUUGACAUUUACACAUUAACAGAUAACAAGAUUUGAAACAACAAUGGAUGCACAGUGGCAAGGAAAAACUCCCUGAGACGCCAUGAGGAAGGAACCGGACUCAUGUUCUUCCGUGUGACUCCUGAUAGUUUGAUAAUCCCUCAUUACCCUUGUACAAAAGUCAAACAGAACUAAAUGUGUCGAAAGGGUGUUUAUUAAGAGCGCUGGGGUGCGCACAGGACAGACUUUAUGAUUCCACCAGCAGUUCUUGGGUACACAUGAAGGGUCCGGGUGAGAUUAUCCACUGAUGCAAAGAUGAGGGUAUAAACUGGUUUUGUGGAGCGCAAACCUUUAGAGUGUCCAUGUAGGAGCAGAAGAAAGCGCAGAAGCAGGGCAUCAUGAUGAAUCAGCCAGAGCAAUCGAAGUGUAUCAGGGAUACAUCACCAGUACUCAAUACUCCUUGCCCUAAUACAGGGGUUCUCAAACCUGUCCUGGAGGACUGCACAUUUUGUCUGUCUCCCUUAUCUGACACACCCAAUCCAAGUCUUGCAGUCUGUACUAAUGAGCUGACGAGUUGAAUUAGGUGUGUUAGAUAAGGGAGACCUCCAGGACAGGUUUGAGAAGCACUGCCCUAAUAAAUACUCGCAUUUGACAGCAGACUCGUACCUUUGGUGUUUUGAAGCCCUAUUUAGUGCGCUAGAAUGCGGUUUGGAGGGUUGCCAUUGAAAAGAUCUUGAGGCGACGCCCACCGGCAGCUGACGCGCGUAAAGCAGCGCGCACACGCACGCACGCACGCACACGCACGCUCAGACGCAUACGCGCGCCCUGGAGAGGCGCUCCGUAACCGUUCACUACUGUUUACGCCCCGUGUGACAGCUGGGCAGCUUUCAGAGCUCUGGAAAAGACCGAUCUGUUUCAACUCGCGUUUGUGUUUUGAAUCAUGUGCACUAGCUGUGACUGACAGUGCGCGCGUCCUGCUGGAAUACCGCGUCCUAGAAGUAGCGCAUGCAUGUUGGGAUUUACUCCACUGACGUUUGCCUAAACUUCGUGGCGCGCACCUUGCACAUCCGCGUCCUCUUUCUUUCUUUCUUUUUAUCUUUUCUUUUUGACCGGAUUAAAGGCUAAUAUUGGUUUCCAAAAGGUCUUUAUGUUCGUUUCCACGUAUAGCGCGCGCACUCCAGAUGCAUGUACUGUUUGACCGGGACAGGAAAGAAGCCGCGGUUGGCACCGGCACCAUGUUCAGCUGUGUGGGCUGCUUCUGGCUGCUGCUGUCCGCCGCGCUCGUUGCGCUCUGCAGCUUCAGCUUCAUCUCUCCAGCGUGGAUCGUGAAGGAGCAGCAGCACGACAGGAGCGGCCACUCGGUCAGUUUCGGCCUGCUCUGGCACUGCUCCGAGUCUCUGGACCAUAUGUACACAUGCUACGCGUUUGGCGGCAUUGGGAGGUUUGCCGAGAUUCCCUCCAGCUCCUGGCAGACGAGCGCUGUGCUGUGCUCCGGAGGUUGCGCGCUCUUGGCUGUCAGCUCGCUGCUGGCCAUCAUCACCAUCUUCUUGCCCGGUGGAAACUGCGAGAGGAAGAUCUGCACACUGGCUGGAUACAUGCAGAUGGCUGCAGUGUUCAUCAUGGCAUCUGGUUUGCUGGUUUAUCCCUUUGGCCUAAACUCCAGUUUGGUCAAGUCCUUCUGCGGAAAUUCGGACAUCUACUACGCCGGCGAGUGCCAGAUAGGCUGGGGCUACAUGUUGGCCAUCGUGGGUGUCAUGCUCACCCUCUUUUUACCCUUCUUUGCCAAGUAUGCCCCAAAAGAGCAGCUCCUGCCCACUCCACUGCCCACACUUUUAUAA